GAACCCUUGUACCAAGCCUACUCCUCCGCCAGAGCGUCGGUAAGCGCGCUGAACGCUCGGAAUUUACGAACGGACAAUCUGACUACGCUCUGGAUUUACGAACGCCCAGAGCGCACUCUGGCACUCCAGAUUGAAUUUACGAACACACACGAAAUCGUAAAACGUCUUGCUAGUAAUUUGUUAUGCUAGCAAGAGGUUUCAUAGCAACAGCAUCAACUUCUGGUAAACAGGGGAAGCGCUGGUAUGCUCAACUGAAAGGACACCGUUCGUUUACAGUAUAAUAAAAUGAACUAAUAGUAUGUAGUAUAUACUCAUUAAGUAUACAGUAUGUUAGUAUGGGUGUCUUUCGCCCGCGCCUGUCGGACCCUGUUUUCCCACAGUUCUGUUAACGACGUCAGGCGGGAGCGAAGGACACUGCUAGCUUAGCCAACUAGUCUGGCGGUACACAGCAGGCGGGCGGCUACCCCGUGUGCUAACUAGAAAGCUAGCACACGGUGUCGCUAGUAACUGGCAAGUUACUUACUUACUUAACACACGUAUCGACCAAGCCUCCCACCUGCUGUGCUAGUGGGGAGCGGAGGCGACCGGUAGAAAAGUGUUAUUCGCACUGGCGAGGGCAGGCGGGAGCGAAGGACACUGUGCUAGAUAGCUAACUCGCACCGGCGAGGGCAGGUGUUCAGCAGGCGGGAGCGAAGGACACUGUGCUAACUAGCUAUACAGAUCUUUGUAGCUAGCACACGGUAUCGCCCAAGCCUGCCGCCCGCUGUACUACUGACUGCAGAACCUCGAGGUGGGCGUUCCUGCAGAUGCAGGAAUGCCCCGAAUUGCGGGCUGCAGUUGCACACUAUAAGCUUGGUGCUAUAUCAUGUGAACUCUGGGUGCUCAAAUUUUCCACAGUUGACUUGCCAGAAAGUUGUUGUCAACGAUGUCAUGCUAUGCUUGUACAGUAACUGUGUAGUCAGCUAACUGUAUAUAUAUUUAUAUAUAUAUAUAUCCGACAGAAACAUGACAAUCUGACUUUAACUGGCAAACACGAAACAGGAGAUGGACAAGCAGAGCAAAUUGUCACCUGCAGUCCAGCCCUUUGUUCCAAAGGUUCAACAGGAAGGGAGAUUGGAGCCCCCUAAACAACUGACAACUUCAUCACCGCCCCUGACACUACCAAACCCUUAUCUGUUGGAGCAAGGUUCAAGAAGGAAUCAGGCUGGUAAGGCCACUUCAGGUGAUGACUCGAGAAAGAGCCCCAGGCAGAGGCCUUCAACCACUGAUGGUAUGCGAGGGGAGACACCGAGCAAGCAUGGCAACAUCAGCAGCCGUCGUACCAAAGGGACAACUGAAACAAGUGCAUACACAGCUGGAGAACGACCCAUACGUGUUCAGCAGACAAAGGCAUCAAAAUCUAGUUCUGAGUUUGCUUCUCAGAACAAUAACAUGAUCAGGAGAUCAUUGGAUGCACCAAGAAGAGGGGUUUUUAGAGGGUCCAGAUCUGCCCCAAACUCAUCAGCGAGAUCCAAACUUGCCCAGGUGGAUUUUGUCACAUUUGAGGUGAAAAUGGCUGAAUUCCCAGAGCUGGGUGGUGUGGCACCCGGCAGUCCUGCACUUCCUGUCCCACAGAAACCUGGAACCUGCUGGGGAUCAGCCUCACCAUCCCUCACCCCCCAUCAUCAGAGCUCAGUAUCCACUAGUAAGACUACACCAGUAAGAAAAGGACAAAGACAGGACCUCAGUCGAUUCACCCCUUCCAGUGAAAAUAGUGACACGUCCUUGACUGUUGCACAAGGUCAGCCUGUGGAGGCCGUUUCACACAACAGUGGCCUGGCAGUGACCUCCUGGGCCAAUGUGGCCUCCCAGCCGCCAAAGAAAGUAAUCCCCAAGGAAACGGUCAAUAAUAGCACUCCAUCCCAGAAGGAGGAAACAGCUGUGCAGCAAGAAGAACAAGCCUCUGAGAAGAAGAAAAGGAAGAAGAAGAAGAAGAAGAAAUCCAAAAUGCUGGGUGAAGGUGGCGCGGUAGAGGAGUCGGAGGACCUGGUCAUUUAUCAGGAGCCACCCAAGUUUGAGGAUGAAGAAGAGUUUCCAGACUUGUCUCUGGCCUUCGCUGGUUCAGCCAGAGUGCAAGGCUACAACUCAGUAUUGUUCAGCAACAUGGCAAAACUAGUCAAAAAGGAGGAGGGUCACAGAGUAGGAACAGGACUCCAGCCAGGUGACCAAAACAAGGAAAAAGCCACGGCAGGAAAAGCUCAACCUGCAGAGACAAAGAAGGGACAGAAAGCUGAGAAGACCAGUGGGAAGAAGAGCAAAGUCCCUGUGCAGCUGGAUAUUGGGAACAUGCUGGCGGUUCUGGAGAAGAAACAGCAAACUCAGAAAGACAAGCAGGACACCAAAGGGGUCAUCCUCUCAGUUGGUGGGUCGCUACCUGUCGGCCAUAAGAACGCACUAAUCCAGAAGAAACCAUGGCUACAGGAUAAGAUAGCCCACAACCCCUUGGACUCGACCAGCCCUCUGGUAAAGAAGGGCAAGCAGAGAGAGGUUCCCAAAGCUAAGAAACCCACACCACUGAAAAGGGUGAUUCUCAAGGAGAGGGAACACAGGAAACAGAACCGUUUGCUGGAGGAGCGGGCACUGCCCCCUUCAAGUGAAGAAUCCAAGAUGGCCGGCAACAUGACAGAGGAGCUGUGUGAGGCCAUCGGCAUAGACCAGGACCCACGUGACUCUACAGAUGUAAGCAGCAGCCCUACUAGCUCCUCUGUGCUUGAGGAGGAGCAGUCAGAAGUACAUGAGGAGACGAGAGCGGCAGACGGGGAGACGAGAGCGGCAGACGGGGAGACUGAGGAGGAGACUGAGAAGGACACAGAGGAGAUUGAAGAGCCAACCAAUCAGUCUCAGCCACAGCCCUGCCCUCCCAUUCGACCCAAAAUCCACAGCAGGAAAUUCCGAGAUUACUGCAGCCAGGUGCUGAGUAAAGACGUGGAUGAGUAUGUGACCAACCUGCUGAAGGAGCUGGUGCGCUUCCAGGACCGGCUGUACCAGAAGGACCCUAUGAAGGCCCGCAUGAAGAGGCGUCUGGUCAUGGGCCUCCGGGAGGUCCUCAAACACCUCAAACUCAGGAAGGUCAAGUGUGUUGUCAUCUCCCCCAACUGUGAACGCAUCCAGUCCAAAGGCGGUCUGGAUGAAGCUCUCCACACCAUCAUUGACACCUGUCGGGAGCAGGGCGUUCCCUUUGUGUUUGCCCUCUCCAGGAAGGCCCUGGGCCGGUGUGUCAACAAAGCUGUUCCUGUCAGCCUGGUGGGCAUCUUCAACUAUGACGGAGCACAGGACCAUUACCACAAAAUGAUUGAGCUGUCGUCAGAGGCGAGGAGAGCCUAUGAGGUGAUGAUAGAAAACUUGGAGUUGACAUCACAAGGAGAACAGGAGAACCAAGAGGAUCAGCUGAGCACUGGGCCACUGCCACCUCCUCCAGCCUGCUCAGAAGCACCGGAGCCAGAGUACAUAAAACUGUGGAAGAAAAUGCUGGAGAAGGAAUGCAAUCACAAGUUUUUAAACUUUGAGGAGCAGUUUAGCUCUGUCCCCAGGGCCAGUGACUGUAAAGAACAGAUGGAUGAGGAUGAGAAGAGUUGAUGGAGACUGUGCCUAAAAAGCCACUUGAUGCCAGCGCUGACUAUCAGUCCUGAAGGAAAUACUUGAGAUGAUGGCACACUAUAGCACGAUUAACCAGGAAUGAGUUUCCUGAAGGCUUCGUAGUAGCCAACAUGGCACCCCAUUUCUCUUAAUGACCCAGACCACUCGUAGAGCUGCUAAGUGCUUCAUUUGGAAAAUGUUGUUCACUUCACAUACAAAAGAUUGAUCAUUGUAUAUAGAUUUGACAAUUGUAACUGCCCCCACAGUGGGGCUAGGUUGUCGAUAGAAAGUGCCAUGUUAGUUACGAAACCAUCUGGGAACCUCCCCGACGUUGCAUCCGAAAUGGCACCCUAUUCCCUAUAUAGUGCACUAUAUUUUUUGCCAGAGCCCUAUGAUAGUUUAGGGAAUAUUGUGCCAUUUCAGAUGCAGGCAGAGAUCGAAAUUGAUCUAUUUCCUGGGACCAAACCAAUCACUAGAAGUGACCCUUCAGCAUGUAUUUACACUGCUCCAUGAUGACUGAGUAUGCAGAACAAUUUGAGAUAGGUUUAUUUACCUAAUGUGCCUAAAUAAAUUAGAAUCAAUCAAAGUACACUUUAUAUCUGUGAAAGAUGUUGGGAUGAGAGACAUGGCCUUCAGAAUUGUGUUGCAGAGGUCCACAGUAGUUUUUUUUUCUUCCUGAACCAAUGGAAAUGCCACCAAAACUAAAAUGCUAUGUUUUGUUUGCCUGUGUUCAAAUUAGACAUAUUCUUUCCUUUGUCAAUCAUGUGUACUUACUGUAUAAGGUUGAGAUUCAGUGAAGUUUUGUUUCUUUGAGGCUACACCAGUCAACAAAUGUCUGCUGUCAUAUACACUGAUAUGAACUAUCGGUCUUCGACAUUAGCCAAACAAUAAAAUUAUAAUUUUACACCUAA